UGUCUCUGGUUGGGACACCAGGGGCAAAGAAACUUUACUGCAAAGAGAAGGCCUAGACUACUUGCAAAAAAGGCUUCUUUCUCAUUUUAGAGUAGAAGACGUGAAAAUUUCUGAUGCUUAUGAAGGAAUGAAGAUGAUAAGAAAGCUUCUCUGGAAUAAAAAGGUUCUACUUGUCCUUGACAAUUUAGAUAAUAUAAGUCAAUUAAAGAAUUUGGCUGAAAGUCCAUAUUGGUUUGGUAAAGGAAGCAGAAUAAUUAUCACCACAAGAGAUAGCCACCUGCUCACCUUAUCUGGAGUAGAUGAGCAACGAAUAUAUCAUAUAAAAACCAUGAAUGAAGAUGAAUCUCUCCAACUCUUUUCAAACAAAGCAUUCAACAAAAAUCAUCCUCCUGACGAGUAUUAUUUGAAGCACUCUAAAUCUGUGGUUAAAUACGCUGGAGGCCUUCCUUUGGCACUUGAAGUUUUGGGUUCUUUUCUAUGUGGACGAAUUAAGGCUGAGUGGAUAGAUGCUUUAGAUAGGUUGAAGCAAAUUCCUGAUAAUGAUAUACUUCAAGUACUUAAAAUAAGUUAUGAUGGUCUAAGGAAUGAGAAAGAAAAGACAAUAUUUUUAGAUAUUGCUUGUUUCUUUAAGGGCAGGCAGAAAAGACAUGUGACUCAAAUUUUGGAAAGAUGUAGUCUUCAUGCAACAAUAGGAAUAAGCGUCUUGAUCCAAAAAACUUUAUUAGUUGAAACAGCAGAUUGCAGAUUACAGAUGCAUGAUUUAUUUCAAGAGUUGGGUAGGAAUAUAGUUAAGCAAGAAUAUCCCAAUAGUGUUGGCAAGCGUAGUAGGUUGUGGAAGUUUGAGGAUAUCAAGGAAGUACUGGAAAAAAACAAGGGAUCUGAGGCAAUACAAGCUAUUGUUAUGGAAGAUGAUUGGUAUGGGAAGCCAGAACUAGAAGUACAUCCUGAAGCCUUUUCAAAGAUGAGUAGCAUUAGGUUAUUCUACUUGUCCAACUUGUUCGCAGAGAUGCCAGGUCACUUCUCAAAUCAUAGAUGGUUCAUCUUACCAAGGGGACUGAAAUCUUUAUCUGGUGCAUUAAAAGUUAUUCGAUGGCCAUUAUUUCCGUUGGAAGCUCUUCCACUUGAAACUCCAUUGCAUAAAAUUGUUGUAAUUGAAAUGUGUAAAAGCAAGAUAAAGCAACUCUGGAAUGACAAACAGUUUAUGACAAAUUUGAAACUUAUCGACUUGAGAAAUUCUCCCAAUUUUAUGGAAACUCUAGACUUCUCAAGAGUUCCAAAUUUAGAAUAUCUACGUCUUAGUGGCUGCAAAUCUCUUGUCAAGGUUCAUCCCUCACUUGGACAGUUGAAAGAACUUGUUGAGGUGUACUUGGAUGGUUGUGAAAAUCUUGAAAUCCUACCAGAAAAAUUGGAAACAAAUUCCUUGACGAAGUUAGAUCUUAGUGAGUGUAGAAAAGUGCCGGUGCUCCCAGUGCAACACCUCACUUUUAUAUACUAA